GCCACAUCAGUAUACUAGAGAGAAGCAAGAAAAGGCAAGACAGUCACUUCGUCGGCCAGCGCAAGUGUGUGUAACGUACCUAUCCCUCCCCCUCUCUCCUUCUGCCUGUCCGGUCUGUCAUUUCAUCGCGAUAUUCAUGCCAGGCACAAGUAAGUUCAUGAUCGUGAUAAGCUUGUCGUCAUCGAUCGGCAGCUGAUCCGCGAGGCGGAGGGCACUCCGAGCGACGACGACUCACCACACCGCCCACAGACAACGUCACGCCAUACCUGCACGCAUGCACAGCACACACACGGAUGGGCCUACACGCACACGGGAUGACACUAUCUGCCGCAGUAGCUCGCUCACCGUGUUUUCUUUGUGCUGUUGCCUAGCGUCUUGGGGGGCAGCACUUCUGUCACCCUACCCGACAGCCCGUUGUACUCGGGGCCAUUGACGAGACCGAAGAUCCACACCUUGCUACCGACAGACAGGGGCCCCUCAGACCUGCACACCGAAUGCAUAUUGACAGAGAAGGUAUAUGAGAUAGAUAGAUGGACGGAGGCAGGUCUUUGAGCUCGCACCCGGUGUUGGCUUGGGUCAGCCGCUGCCGACAGGCGUCGAGUAGGAUGUCGCCUUGCCGAAUGAGCGCACGGAAUGCCUCCGCCUCUGAACAUCACACACCAACCCACCCGCCACCCGCCACCCACCAUCCAUCCAUCCAUCCAUCCAUCCAGCCCGCUAACCUGCGUCCCAUUUCAGGGCGCUGAGAGCGGAGUCGACCGUCUCAUGGGCAGCCCUCACUUUCGGCCACACCUGAGCAGCCAACGCCUUGCGAUACAUCUGAGCCUACAAGAUACAAUGGGUACACUUGUACGGAUAAGUGGACGGCUCGGCUGAUGUUCCCUUACCAGCCUCAGCUCGAUCUUGUGGAUCUCGGCGACGGUUUGGGGAGGCUCCGUGGCGAUCAUGGGGAGGCAGUGGUCCUUGAUCGUGGCGGAGUAGUAGGAUGCCUUCCACGUCGAGUCAGCCAUAGUGAAGCCGCCCUGCGCGUCAGCCUGGUAGACAGCGACGUCGCGGAGCGGGCCGCCGAAGGGAUCAUCCACCAGCGACCCAGAAGGCUUCUGAACACGCUCCACCAUCACGCACAGCUGCACACACGCAGACAGGGCAGAAUACAUCCACAGUGCACGUGUCAGCAACUGGUGCUUCAGGGCCGGGUUACCUGGCUGCAUUUGGGGCACAUGAAGCACGUCCGCAGAUCGUCUCCACCGCCCUGGUCGAACACCGCAGUCAUCACGCACUGCAAAAGAAAAAGAAGAACUCACCACACCCAGACAACCAAGACGAAUGCAUCAGUCGCCGAUCCCCACGUAGGCAGGUCCUCACCUACCGCAUGACAGAACCAACAGCCGCACUCCAGCCGCGCCAAAUCGGUCCUCCGGGCGAGUUGCUGCACCAU